ACUUAGCAGGACCUGGCCAUCGCCUCUGAAAGCAGCGAAAACUAAAGUUUACAGCUGAUGAAACUCACAGAAUAAUGAAUGGGACCGCUUACACCAACUUCGACAACCAGGAGCACGUCCUCAAGUUAGGAGAAACAUUUGAAAAACACCCUAAAAGUGCCUACCACACAGUGCGAUAUGACUUCAAACCAGCCUCCAUUGAUACCACGUGUGAAGGGGAACUUGAAGUGGGCAAAGGAGAGCAAGUCACUAUUACUUUACCCAAUUUAGAGGGUUCCAGUACUCCGCUUACGGUCUUCAAGGGAUCCAAGAGGCCUUACAUGAAGGAAUGCAUCCUCAUCGUUAACCAUGACACGGGAGAAUACAGACUGGAAAAACUCAACAGCAACAUAGCUGUGAAGAAGACUAGGGCUGAAGGAAGCAGUAAAAUUCAUUCUCGCAUGGAGCAGCAGACCAGUCGUCUGAGCCAGCAGAUAAAGAGUAGCAGCAACAGCAGCAGCGGUGGCGGUAGUAAGGCGUCCAGCAGCUCCAAGAGUCCUCUGAAGGAGAAGACGUCCCCAGCGUCGCCCAUGGACGACAUCGAGAGAGAACUGAUGGCGGAGGCGCGGGUCAUGGAUCAGCUGAGCAGCACCGGCAGUUCUUCAGACUCCAACAGCUCCUCGUCCUCCAGCAGCGACAGCUCCAGCAGCGACGAGGAAGACGAGCGGAAUCGUGCACCGGCCCCGGCCCCGGCACCAGCCAACCCCAGCAUGCCGCUGCUCUACACCAGCUCCAGUACGACCAGUCGCCCGCAGGAGAGUGGAGGUGGACUCAUGAACACACUCAAGAACGAUCUCCAGCUGAGUGAAUCGGGCAGUGAGAGUGACUGAGGAAGACGAUGCUGCAGACGGGAGGAGGAUUAACCAAUGAGAGGAGAGAGUCACAGACCGGUCCAUGUGGGACUCCUAUCCAAACAUCCACACAUCUGUUAGGAACGGGUUGUCUCUCUGCCAACCAACUUUCCAUUUAGUUGUUUUUUUUUGUAGAGAUUCUAUGUUAAAGAGGCUUUAGUUUAGAAAGAUUUGACAUAGAUGUUUCAGAGAAGUACGGAAUUAUGUUUGAAAGAUUCGUAAUAUAUCUCAUUGGAUGCUUUUGUGUGAUUAAAGUGAGCACAGAAACGUGAGAUACAUCAUGACGGCGCUGGUCAGGACGUGUAGAGCGAUGUUUCUACUCAUCAAUCAUCUUCAACAAUCUCCUUUGCUUCUGCUUUUUCACUUUGCAAUAUCCAAACCGUAGCCGUGCCUUACAUUAGAUAUGGGCUUCAGUUCAGUUGCUAGUCAGCUUUUAGUUAGUGAUCUGGAGCCUCCGUCGGUCAUAGCAGGACUAAUCCAUUUAUGCUACUGAUAUCAAUCAUUAUUAUAAGCCUUCUACUUUGGAUUACUGAAACAUGGCUGCAUAACAAAAAAAACACAUAAAAUGCAUCGUUUCUAGUCAAUGAAACGAGCAUCUAGAAGUCAGAUCAAUACUGACGUGUAGUAAUUACUGCAGAUUUAAUUUCUCACUCCUGAGAAAUGUGUUUUUCAUUGAUUUGUAGCAGAAAGCAGGCAUUGUUACGAUCAAAAUCAGGGGAGUUAAGUCAGAAAACCAAAGACUAUGUUGUGAAAUGGUAAAAAGUGAAAGUGUUGAUGAAUAUCUGCAGCUCCGUGCUGUCACUGCUGCAGCUCAGUGUGUAGUAGUCGUUCUUGUAGUCAUAUGGAUUAUUGCAGCUUCACAAAGCAGGAGCUCACAUUGUACAUAGAUGUAGUUUAUAAGUGGGUCUAACGUUGGGCAAAGUAGUGCACUAGUGCUGAGUGGACUCUGGUAGGCUCGUGCUUUGUAACUUAAACCUGCAAUACUUGAAUUUAAUUAUUUAUCCUCUCAUGCAACCAAUAGGUAACCCAUUUCAGGUCCAUUCAAACCCAAGUUACAAACUGUACCGCAGCACACUUGAGAUAUGUUUAAACAUCACUUGGGUGUGAGUCUUAAAGAACGCCAUGUGCCUUUUUGUUAGUUGGCUCAGCCAUUUCCAUGAAACUCCCUGGUUAGUUUGUUUUCCUUCUCUUAUCACUGCUGACCCGACCGGGAGCAGGAAGUUCACGUGUCUGUCCCAGCACUUAUCUGAUGAUGGAAUACACUCAUGUGUCUUAGGAUGGAGGAAGUCAACUGUUUUUUUCAAGCUCAUGAAGAAAGAUGGAGAAUAAUUUAUAAAAUGUUUGAGAAUAAUUUUUUUUGCAAAAAUUAAAGAUUUUAAUUCUU